UAUGCACCAUGGUAGAGCACAGCAUACAGCCAACUCGGUCUGUCGUAUUAUUAUGCCGUUGAUUUGCAUUCAAUAUGUAACCCCGACGACAGGAAAUUAGAGGCAACAUUCGUCGCAUCCGGUGAGGUAGAUUACCCUCAGGGGUGGGGUCAAGAGUAAUUAUCACUGUAAUUUGAAGAAAACGAACGAGUAAUGUGCUAAUUGCGUGAGUGUCGAUUCAAGGGACGUCAUCAUGGCCCGACCUAUCGUGCCAAGCCAGCAGAAGCUGGCUGAGAAGCUGACCAUUCUGAAUGACAGAGGCAUUGGUAUGCUCACACGUAUUUAUAAUAUAAAAAAAGCCUGUGGCGAUGCCAAAUCGAAGCCUGCCUUCCUCUCCGACAAGGCACUGGAGUCUUCCAUCAAGACGAUUGUCAGGAAGUUUCCUAAUAUCGAUAUCAAGGGACUGCAGACCAUCACGAACAUUCGUAACGAGAUCAUCAAGUCUCUGUCGUUGUACUACUAUACAUUUGUUGAUCUGUUGGAUUUUAAGGACAACGUCUGCGAGCUGCUGACCACCAUGGAUGCUUGUGGCGUUCACAUGGACAUUACAAUUAACUUCGACUUGACCAAAGGGUAUCUGGAUCUUGUAGUCACGUAUGUCAGUUUGAUGGUCCUCCUGUCACGAGUGGAAGAUCGUAAAGCGGUGCUGGGGCUCUUCAAUGCGGCCCACGAGAUGGUGCACAGUCAGUCGGAUCCCAGUUUUCCUCGUCUAGGCCAAAUGAUUAUGGACUACGAUGCCCCGUUGAAGAAACUCUCGGAAGAAUUCGUGCCGCACUCCAAGUUGCUGAAAAACGCUCUAAUUUCCUUGUGGCCGAUAUAUCCUGGUAGAAACUUGACUGCUGACACAUGGAGAGCCGAUCAAAAAUUGAGCCUCGUUGGUAGUCCCGGCCAGAUACUCAAGGCAGCAGCAACGGAGACCAUGUCCUGCGAAACGCUGAGUUUGGACAGAAUCGAGAGAUGGGUAAUUCUUGGAUUCACACUUUGUCACACGUUCUUAAGCCAAGAACAACCAAACAAACUGUGGAUCACUGCUUUAGAAUCUGGCUGGGUAUUGGCGUUGUUUAGAGAUGAGGUAAUCUACAUACAUCAAUACAUUCAGACAUUCUUUGAGAGUAUGAAAGGGUACAGUAAAAGAGUGUCGGAAGUGAAGGAAUGUUACAAUCAAGCAGUACAAAAAGCUGGCUAUAGGCACAGAGAACGAAGGAAAUUCCUGAGGACUGCCCUGAAGGAAUUAGGUUUAAUUUUAACCGAUCAGCCUGGCCUCCUGGGACCGAAAGCACUGCUGGUCUUAAUGGGUCUCUCCCACGCGAGAGACGAGGUAUUAUGGCUACUAAGACACGGGGAUAACCCACCCAUUCAAGGUAAGGGCAAAGGACGGGGCGGCGAGGAUUUGGUGGACCGUCAGUUGCCGGAGUUACUCUUCCACUGCGAAGAAUUAAGAGCUUUAGUAAAAAAGUAUUCUCAGGUGCUUCAGAGAUAUUACGUCCAGUUCCUCGCGGGAUUCGACGCCCCUGCUCUACAUCAGAUGAUACAGAAUCUCCCUGUUUGUCCCGAGGAUGAGGGCGCUAUUCUUAGUGAUAUGUGUUCAACUAUAGCUAGUCUGACUGUGAAGCAAGUCGAGGAGAAUGAAUUGUUUGAUUUCCGUGCCUUCCGACUGGACUGGUUCAGGCUGCAGGCUUAUAUGUCUAUCGCGAAAGGCAAUAUGAAUCUGGCUGACAAUAGAGAACUAGCUUCCUUCAUGGAUACGGUGAUUUUCCACACAAAGAUGGUCGACAAUCUGGAUGAGAUGCUAGUCGAGACAUCAGACUUAUCCAUUUUCUGUUUCUACAGCAAGAUAUUCGAGGACCAGUUCCAUAUGUGUCUCGAGUUUCCCGCUCAGAACCGGUACAUCGUCGCAUUCCCGCUCAUAUGCAGCCACUUCCAGAGCUGCACCCACGAGCUCUGUCCGGAGGAGCGUCAUCAUAUUCGCGAGAGGAGCCUCUCUGUCGUCAACAUGUUCUUGGACGAGAUGGCCAAGGAGGCUAAGAAUAUCAUCACGACCAUUUGCGACGAACAGUGUAACAUGAGCGACAAGCUGUUACCGAAACACUGCGCUCUAUUAAUAUCGCAGGUUGUCAAUCGCAAGAAGAAGGACAAGAACAAGAAGAACAUGUACGAGAUUCACAAGCCCGGUAUAGAGAGCUUCAGGAAGACCCGGGAGGAGUUGACGACGAUGGACAAACUGCACAUGGCCCUCACCGAGCUGUGUUACGCCAUCAAUUACUGUCCUACCAUCAACGUCUGGGAGUAUACUUUCGCGCCGAGGGAGUAUCUCCAUCAACAUCUGGAGUCGCGAUUCGCCCGAGCGCUCGUGGGAAUGGUCAUGUACAAUCCGGACACCAGCGAGAUAGCCAAGCCGUCGGAGCUCUUCGUCAGCGUCAGGUCCUACAUGAACGUCCUUCAGACCAUCGAGAAUUACGUGCACAUAGACAUCACGCGCGUCUUCAACAAUGCCCUGCUGCAGCAGACCCAAGAGCUGGACAGCCACGGCGACAAGACCAUAGCCGCGCUCUACACUCAGUGGUACUCGGACGUCCUGCUGAGGCGAGUCAGCGCCGGCAACAUCUGCUACUCCGCCAAUCAAAGGGCGUUCGUCAGCCUGUCGGUGGAAGGCGCCAUACCCUUCAACGCCGAGGAGUUCUCCGACAUCAACGAGCUGAGGGCAUUGGCGGAACUGAUAGGGCCGUAUGGUAUGAAGAUGCUGAACGAGAAUCUGAUGUGGCACAUCGCCAGUCAGGUGCAGCAGCUGAAGAAGCUGGUGACGGGCAAUAGGGACGUGCUGGUCGCCUUGCGGACGAACUUCGACAAACCGGAGGUGAUGAAGGAGCAGUUUAAGAGGCUGCAACAUGUGGACAAUGUUCUUCAGCGAGUCACCAUAAUAGGCGUGAUUCUUAGCUUCCGGCAAUUGUCGCAGUCCGCACUGGUCGACGUGUUGGAGGAGCGCAUACCGUUCUUGCUGAGCUCCAUAUUGGACUUCAGACAUCACCUGCCAUCCGGUGACCCUAUGCGCGUCGUCUCCGAAAUGACUUCAGCCGCAGGCUUGACCUGCAAGGUCGACCCUACACUGACGACCGCGUUGCGCAACCAGAAAGGCGAAGCCGAAGAGGACGAACACUUGCUCGUAUGUUUAUUGAUGGUCUUCGUAGCGGUCUCCAUCCCUAAAUUGGCUCGGAACGAGAACUCCUUCUACCGUGCGUCGCUCGAGGGCCACUCCAACAACAUACACUGCAUGGCUACCGCCAUAAACAAUAUAUUCGGAGCGUUGUUCACGAUUUGCGGGCAGAACGACAUAGAAGACAGGAUGAAGGAAUUCUUAGCCUUGGCCUCGUCGAGCUUACUGAGAUUAGGCCAAGAAGCGGACAAAGAGGCGACUCGAAACCGAGAGUCCGUCUAUCUGUUGCUGGAUCAGAUAGUCCAAGAGUCUCCGUUUCUGACGAUGGACCUGCUGGAGAGCUGUUUUCCCUACGCACUGAUCCGCAACGCAUAUCACGACGUGUACAAGCUGGAGCACUCGCAACCGUGAGCCUAACGGCGGGGCAGUCGCGAGGGAGACGUGGUGCUGCAUUAAUCUAACUUGCCACUCAGGGCCACUUUUUUACGUCCACUUACAUCGGAGGCAAUCGCGAGGAAUUUGCUGUUAAACGCCCCGCGCGGCCGUAAAGUGAUAACGGACGGAGCGGAAUUCCGGCCACGUACCGAUGAUAAAGUACAAGGGUGUAUCAGCGCAGGCUGGUAGAAGAGUGGUAAACGCGCACGAUCGUUCGUAGAAUUGACAGUUGAGAUCAACCGCUCGGUGUUUUAACGCAAAGCUUAUCGAAAUGCAUUUCUAGCGUUCUCUCUCUCCUACGUUGCUCGCGUCACGUCGUGUGAUUUGCGUUUUCUUUCUCCCUCGGGCGCUAGUGUAAUUAAAUACUACCUUUUUAUCAAGAAGAGAUCUUUAUUAAGGUGAAUCAAUGAACGGACAGUUCGCCGAGACUCGCGGACUUUCGUAAUAACAGCCGCGACGAUGCAUUUUGUAAUAUGUACAGUAUACCUCUAGUUUACAUUCGACAUCCGGCUUGAAGUAUUUGUUAGUACAUAAGUGCAUAUCUUAAAUUCCAGUCGAGUAUUAAUUAUAUAAUUUAACGUGAAUGAAUUUUUGUAUUGCACGCGGGGACGCACGAUGUAAGCUCCCACGAUUCCAAGCUAAAGAUCGCGAUAUUCAUGUAUCACACACAGUAGGUAUCGUCACUCACCCACUAUGACUUUUUAAUGUACAAUUGUAACUUUUACAAUAGUUUAUAUAAUAAAUAAAACUAUGUGUAAAACGAUUCACGCGCAACUUCUUCUCUCCCGAUGGGUCCGCCCGAUGGGUCCCAGAAAUCACACGCCGGUAAAUGUAAAAUGUAUGCUUUAUUUAAUUCUUUACAAUGUUUUUGUCUCUUUUAAUCACAUUAACGUAACACAAGAGAUAUUCACAAUCAUAAUCCUUUUAUUUAUAAUAUCCUUAAAACACUCGCCGCAAUUUUUUUUUCUUCUAGACAUUUUGGGAAAAGAGAGAGUGGUGGUCUGAAGCUACGUUCAGGCGAUUGGUCAGUAUCAUGCUCAGUUGUAACUUACAAUAAAGAGAGAUAUACCUCGAAAACGCAUCGCUCGAAUUUGCACCGACUAAAAGUAGAGGUACGGCACGAACGUAAGGGCCACUCGGUGAUAUCCAAGUGGCGCUCCGAAUUAAAGGAGGAGGAAAAAAGAAACGUACGAUUCUCGUCGGGGAAACAAUUCGUCCGCCAAGUGUGAUCGGUACAAAGGGCACGAAGUUACGCUUAAAUAAUCCCGGAUGCACGAUGUUGAUAGGUCACCACGUUUUUGGAUCGAUAGAAAAAAUAUAAUCUUCGAUUUGUUUUUUGUUCUUUCCUCUCUAACAUUAUGUACAAGUGAUAGAGUAGUAUGUGCAUCGCGUCACAGUGAUGCGGCUCUGGAUUAAGAUAGGUACACGCCGCGACGGCCUUGCGGCGAUUUCGGUUAUCGUAUCGACGUGAUAUAUGUAUAUAUGUAUAACCGGUGACUCGACGACACGCUACCGCGACGAUCCGCGGCGGAGGUUUAUUAUCACGAGAGGGCGGGGAAGAGGGAGCGGGUGAUUAAAAUCGCAUCUUAAUCCAGACGUCGCGGAAACGAAGAAGCUUAAGCAUAUGUAGUUAGAGGUCACCUGGGACAAAUGAUGAAGGAAAAUUUAUUCUUAUCUUUAUACUCCUUCCGUACGCGCAAGCGACUUCUUCAUCGUCAACUAGUAACUACGCCCUGACCCCACUCCACGCCCGUUCUUUAGGCUUUUUUCGAGACGCAACGAGGCACCGCUAUCUAUUUUGUCUUCUCUCGAUAUUCUACCUUUGACCUUUGAUCAUUCAGUCGUCCGAAGUGGUAGUGGCAGUGAGAUGGAAGCAAAAGUAGUUGGCGCGCAUCGCGUCGCUCGGUCGUCGGUUCGUUCCACAGGCGAAUACUAACUACCUCGAGAUUGCUCAUCGAAUGGCAGUGGCUCGGAACGAAGCGAUCGCCCGGAAAUUCCCGAUGACUGUCCGAACGACGUCGUUUGUACAGUCGCGCUCUUUCUUCAGCGUAUACGGAAAAAACUUCUUUACUUUCUGGCGUAAAAGGAAAUUUCAAAACGGAUGUAUAAAAAGUCCUCUUUUUCGUAUAAUCUAUGACGGUUAUCUAAGAAAUUCGCGUACAUGUCAACGGCUCGGCCGAACGUUUGGGAGGGACCGCGACUAUAACGUCCGUUCAACGGGAAAAAGUUUCUAACGAUACACGCUAUAACACAGUAAAAUUAAUCGAAUUUUGCCUCGUCACGUUCAUUGGCAGUAAGUCGCGCCCGCGGUUCUGCGUGCCGCGGACUGUUGCUCGCGUCGAAACAAACGAAAUCGUACACAAUGGUGUCACGGGCGACUGCGAGUGGGGUCAAACGGAAUUCCUUUGCACCUACACGCGAGAAAUGUCGAAACUUCCUAGAUAACGUUGAUCGUACGAUUCCGCCGGUCCACGAUGGAUCGUUACAGAAACUUAUCUUUAAAACCUAAAGGCUCGAUUACACGCACGUACAGACACUCGUUCGUCAACCUUAACUUCCGCGUUCCUGAUUACAAAAUACAGAAUAAUAUUUCGCUAUAAUACAGAUCUGAUAUAAAAACAAGUAUUUUUUGUAUUCGCUUUUACCAUUUGUUAUGGUUAUAUAAUCAUUUCAUAAUAUUAGUAUAUUUACACAGAUAUACACGCUCGCAGUCUCCUUUCUCGCGUUCUCGCACUCACGCUAAUUCCCUCUCACGCCCGAAGAACUUUUACUUUCCGUCUCAUUUUCUCUCGUACUUUCGCUUUCUCUCUCUCUCUCUCUCUCUCUCUCUCUAAUUCUCGUUCUCACAAGAUCUCGUAUGAUCCACCUAAUAAUCACAUUGCGUCUAUUGUACAUUUCCACACGAUCCGCAGACUCGUAUUAUUAGCGUCUUUGCUGGCACCUCCUCGUUUGAAUCCUGCAUCCCUGUAUCCACGUUUUCGCCUAGACAAAACACUCUUAAAGUUACAACGCAGAGAGUUGUAGUUUAAUUGCGGAUAGACACACAGUAAUAUACGAAUCACACCAAUUAAUCAAUAGCUGUGAACACGAUAGAAUUUCUGUCUCUACGUUCUGGAUGGAUUUCUUAUGUAACUGACAAAAUAGAGUCCAAUGCAAACUUGUCGCGCGCGCGUGCACGCGCGAAUGUAUGAUCUCGUCGUGUUUACAAAGUAAUAAAAACGACAUCUAGUGAUCGUUAUUAUCUUAUCUGCGCUGUACUUUAAAAUAUGUGUUCCGCUAUAUGAAUGAUUGUAUGCAACGAUUGUAAAUGUGAAGCUGAUGAAAAGUCAUGAGGCUAAUUUCUUAAUCCUUCACUUCAGAAAAUUGCAUUCGUUUAAUAUCGUUAUAGAACAGUAUGAGUAAAAGUGACAAGUGUUCACUAACAGUCAUAAGAACGAGUUGUAAUCGAUCAAGAAAAUAAAUCUAAUUUCAACGAGCACACGUUCGUGCGAUAUUAUUCUUUGAGACGAAUCUCGAUUCGAUGUUACUGCUAACUUGAAUGUGCUUCUUUCACAUUUUUUUACAUUAUUUUACCCACUGUCAAUUGAUAAUACAAUUCGAACAAGAUCGAACACAGAUCUCGACGUUGGCGCGUUUCUUCUUUUUUUUUCUUCUACAUUUGCAUAAGAUUUGGCGUUUCGGAGAAGGGAAGUGCAUUAUUGAUCGUAUCGACAAUGGUUUAACAGCACCAGAUACGAUUCAUCGCGAGGAUGAAAACCGAUCUCGUGUUUAUCGCUUACGAGUAUGCAGCUGU